CAACAACCACUACUACAACAAGCUCAUCACAACAACAACAACAACAACAACAACAGCCAUGCGUUUCUCUCUCCUCACUCUUGGCCUCAUUGCCUUCGCUGCCGUUGUCAAGGCCGACUGCAGCCACUCGAGUGCUCCUCCAGAUGAUGGCGAGAUUGCUCUGUACCGUGGCCGAGACUGCACUCUGAACUAUCUCAAUGUCGGUGCCAUGAACUCUUGCCAAAACUGGCCUGAUUUUGGCGCCUGCUCUGCCAUCACCAGACGAGGUGUGACCUGCGAUAUUUACAAGUCUGAUGGAUGCAGUAGCGACUACAUUGCGACGAUCGACUCUGCUGGAUACCGCAACUUCUGUGGCACGUUCCCAGACACUGUCCAGAGUGUCCGAUGCCGUGCGGCUUAAAAGAGAAAAGGAAAAAGGAGCAAAUGAAAAGAAAAAAUGAAAAGAAGAAAAGAAACAAACAAACGCACGC